AUUAUAGAGCUGAGCAUGAUUUGAGAGUGACACUGACAGUGACAGUGACAAUCCGAAGCGCUGUUUAUGGACUAAGGGUUCUGUAAAAUUUUAUUUUCAUUUACUUAUACAUAAAUGUUAAAUGAAAUAAACAAUUUCUUGAGUUUUAAACAUUGACAUAGAUACAAUACUAUUUAUUUAGUUGACUUACGAUAACUUUAGUCAAUAAUAAUAAAUUAAUAAAAGUAAAAGGUGGCGGAAUGUCGCUGGAGCAUCGGAUCAAGGAGGAGCCUGAUCUUGGGGCCGAUGAGGCUGAUGGCAAUGGCCGAGAGCUCUUUGAGCACGAAGUAAUGGUGCAUAUAAAAGAGGAGCCGCCACGCUCGGACAGCGAGGGCUCCGAGGGCACGCCGACCACCCCGCAGGAGCAUGCCGUCGAGGAGCGCGUGGUGGGAACAGGAACCCUCCAGCAGCCUGGCACAGCGGGCGCCACACAAGCCGAACCGAAUGUCGCCAAAGUUCGCGUGAAGCGAGAGCUGAUCGACCAGGAACGCUUAACGCAGGAGAUAUCGCCCUGCGUUUGUCAGAUCAAAGUUGAGCGGAUAGACACGGUGGGAGAGGGAUGCAACGAUCUGGAGAGAUCUGUUGUGGAGCAAGUUAAACAGGACACAAGCCCUCGUGUGGAGCAGGUCGUUACGAAUACAAGCCCUGGUGUGAAGCCGCUCGUGGACCCCACAGAGGGGAGCAGGCGGAGAAAGCUGGCUCGCACUCAAUCUGAAGUGCGUGAUGAUUCCGCUGCGAAGUCGUCUACCGGGCGACAGAAGAAACCAAAAGAAAACGGCGAAACUUUGAUAAGGAGUCUAAAAAAAAGGCAACCAGGGCCUCACCUGUGUGAUGUGUGUAACAAGGAGUUCAAGAAAGCGAACAAGUUACUGAUACAUAAGCGAACACACACCGGGGAGAGGCCGUACACCUGCAACAUAUGCCAAAAACAGUUCUCGUAUUCCAAUGGUUUGAAGGUACACCUAAGAACCCACACUGGGGAAAAACCACACGUGUGCCAAACGUGUAAUAAAAAUUUUGGACAGUGGAGCUCUUUGAAAGCCCACGAAAGAAUCCACACAGGCGAGAAACCAUAUUCAUGCGAUAUAUGUAAAAAAGAAUUUGCACAACUAAAUAACCUGAACAAACAUCAGCUCGUUCACACUGAAAUAAAGCAAUACUCCUGCGAAAUAUGUAAAAAAGAGUUCAAAGACAAUAAUAGUUUAAAAAGACAUGAACCGAUUCACAUAGAUGAAAAACAUUUUCCAUGUGGGAAAUGUAAAAAACACUUUGCAACAGCGCGCCAUUUACGGGACCACGAGAGAGCGCACACAAGGAAAAGAAAACGUCAUUCCUCUGGGACUAGUUAAUAUAAGUUUUUACUGUCGAUAAUUUAUAGGAAUAUGAGAGAGAAACCCUUUUCUUGCAAAAUAUGUAAUUCACUAACUCAAUAAUUAAUACCAAAGAAACAUUCGGAAUUGAACCUAAACUCUGAGAUGGCUCAUUCCCAAAGUUGGAGGACAUCUAAGAGUCAAGCGUACAGGAAACACUCAGCCGACCGCCCUGAAUAACCAUCACGCGGCGUUCCGGCCAGAUCCCUCCCCUGCGGUACACACUACACUUUUUAACAGUUUUCAAUAAAAAAACAU